UCAGACUGUGAUCUACGAGGGUCUCCAGCUUGUGAAUCCCUGCUUUCACUUAACACUGAAAAACUUUUGGAUAUGAAAAAUGCAGAGCUUGCUUUGUUUGAGCUGAGCAGAGUAAUUACCCUGGCACCAGAUCACCCAGAAGUAUUUGAACAGCGAGCAGAGAUACUGUCACCUUUGGGUCAAAUUAGUGACGCGCUGGCUGACCUCACCAAAGCUAUUCAGCUAAAACCUUCAGCACGACUCUACCGGCAUAGAGGUACUCUUUACUUCAUGUCUGAGGACUAUGCAACAGCCUAUGAAGACUUCCAGAAUUCCCUUGAGCUGAAUAAAAACCAACCUAUAACUGUGCUUUACAAAGGGCUGACAUUUUUUCACAGAGGGCUGCUAAAGGAAGCUAUUGAAUCGUUCAAAGAAGCCCUGAAGCAGAAAGCAGAUUUCAUAGAUGCAUAUAAAAGUCUGGGGCAAGCCUAUCGAGAACUUGGUAACUUUGAAGCUGCUACAGAAAACUUUCAGAAGGCUUUGAUGCUAAACCCAAAUCAUGUCCAAACGAUACAGCUCGGGGGAAUGAUGCUGUACCAUCAUGGUAGCCUAGAGGAGGCUCUGAAAAACUUUAAGAGAUGCCUGCAGCUAGAACCAUAUAAUGAAGUGUGCCAGUAUAUGAAAGGUCUGAAUCAUGUCUCUUUGGGACAAUUUUAUGAAGGAAUUAAAGCUCAAACUAAAGUUAUGUUAAAUGAUCCUCUUCCUGGUCAGAAAGCUAGUACAGAAUACCUAAAAGUGAAAUAUCUCAGAGAAUAUUCUCGCUAUCUGCAUGCACAUCUUGAUACCCCCCUUACAGAAUACAACGUAGAUAUGGAUCUUUCUGGAAAGUUUAAAGAACAUUGGGCCAAAAAUCUUCCUUUUCUCAUAGAUGACUAUGAAGAACAGCCAGGGUUACAACCACAUAUAAAGGAUGUGCUUCGUCAGAAAUUUGAAAACUGUAAACCCGAAAUACAAGAGAUGAUAUGUGUAGCUGAUCAUUUGGGUUCACUGAUGCAGUACGAGACCCCGGGAUUUCUUCCAAACAAGAGAAUCCAUAGAGCAAUGGGGCUGGCUGUGCUAGAAAUAAUGCAAGCAGUGCAGCGUACGUGGGUGAACUCGAAAGUCCGAAUAAAUGGAAAAUCCAGGCUGAUGCUGUGGAGAGAUAUGUUUGACAUUGCUGUGAAAUGGAGGAGGAUUGCUGACCCAGACCAGCCAGUACUAUGGGUAGACCAAAUGCCAUCUCAAAGCCUUAGUAAAGGAUUUAAUAAUCAUAUCAAUUUAAUCAGGGGGCAGGUUAUUAAUAUGAGAUACUUUGACUAUUUUGAAAAGAUACUCCAUUUUAUAAAAGACAGAAUCCUUGUUUAUCAUAGUACUAAUAAUCACAAAGAGCUGGUAGAAGUUCGAGAAGCCUUGGACCAGGUACAAAAAGUAGAAGACCUUCUUCCAAUCAUGAAGCAGUUAAGCAGUAAAACGAGAGAUGGGUUUACUGUCAACACCAAAGUCCCCAGCCUUAAAGAUUCAGGACAAGAAUAUGAUGGAUUUACUAUUACCAUAACAGGAGAUAAGGCUGGGAAUACAUUAUUUUCACUGGAAACACAGACAACGGAGGAAAGAACGCAACUGUAUCAUGCAGAAAUGGAUGCUCUUUAUAAAGACCUAACUGCCAAAGGAAAAAUACUUGCUUUAUCUGCCGAGCUUGGGGAGGCAGAUGCUGUGUGCAAUCUGAUCCUGUCUCUUGUGUACUACUUCUAUAACUUAAUGCCUCUAUCCAGAGGUUCCAGUGUAGUGGCUUAUUCAGUAAUAAUGGGAGCACUGAUGGCAAGUGGAAAAGAAGUAUCAGGAAAAAUUCCUAAAGGAAAGUUGGUUGAUUUUGAAGCCAUGACAACUCCUGAUUCCGAAGCCUUCAGUAAAACGGCAAAAGAUUGGCUGAAUCUGAAAAGCAUUUCACCUUCUUACAAAAGUCUUCCAUCAGUAUCGGAAUCUUUUCCAACAUUACGAACCAUGCUUGAAGUCUUGAGUACAGAUUCAUCUCAUUGCCUUAAAAGGCUUUAGGUGCUGUAUAAUUUCCGAAUAAAAGAGC